UUGUAUGAGAGAGAGAGAGAGGCUUUGUCAGCUCGCCGCAUGCACUCCGACGGCGGAUCUGCUCUUUAUUCUUCAGCUUCUGUGCGUAAACUUCCAUUUCUCCAGGGCGCGCUGGAAUCGGCGCGGCGGCAACGAGCUGAAGGACGCGGCGCGCUCGGGAAUAAGGGAAUAAGGCGAAGUGGACGGCGCUCCGAGACGGCUGCAUAUCCUCAGCCAUUUUGCCUACACGCCUAGGGGGCUGUGAUUUUUUUUCUGUCCGGUUUUUCCCCUCUCGCGCACCGCUCCUCCUCUGCUGCCUCCUGCGCGUUACACGGUUUUGCAAAUCGGUGCAACUCCGUGCGGCGUGAUGGGAUCGCGCCUGAAGAUCUGAUGGGACUUAAGCUAUUGCAGGGCAUUCAUACAAUAGCCUACAAUAACAACAGCAAGGACUGGUGGACUGUAGACUCAUCCAGCAGGAGCAGCGGCAGCUCUCCUCUAUUGUCACUAAGAGGUGCAGAGCAGGAUUUGCUGGAGCAUGGAGUGCUACCUGUUGGGGAUUUACCUGUUCCUGUUCCUGGCCCUGGGCACCCUUCAGCGCUCCAGCGGAACCACAGCCAAGGAGCUCACCUGCCAGGAGAUCGCUGUACCCCUGUGCAAAGGAGUGGGGUACAACCACACGUACAUGCCCAACCAGUUCAACCAUGACACCCAGGAUGAAGCAGGCCUGGAGGUGCACCAGUUCUGGCCUCUGGUGGAGAUCCAGUGCUCACCGGACCUGCGCUUCUUCCUCUGCAGCAUGUACACCCCCAUCUGCCUGGAGGACUACAAGAAGCCACUGCCACCCUGCCGCAGCGUGUGUGAGCGGGCACGGGCCGGCUGCGCUCCCCUCAUGAGGCAGUACGGCUUCCCCUGGCCGGACCGCAUGCGCUGUGACACGCUGCCAGUCCAGGGUGACCCGGACACCCUGUGCAUGGACUACAACCGGACUGACUCCACCACAGCUUCACCUGUGCUCUCCAAGCCCACAGGACGGCCGGGCAAGCCACAUGUACCUCCUCACAGGACCAAGCACGGGCGGCCAGGUGUGCAGCCGCCCAAGCGCAAGCCUGGGUCUCCCUGUGACCCGGGUUGCCAGUGCCGUGCACCCAUGGUGAGGGUGAACAGCGAAAGACACCCACUGUACAACCGUGUCAAGACCGGCCAGAUGCCCAACUGUGCCAUGCCCUGCCACAACCCGUACUUCACCCAAGACGAGAGGACUUUCACAGCUUUUUGGAUCGGGUUGUGGUCUGUGCUGUGCUUUGUGUCCACUUUUGCAACUGUGGCCACUUUUCUGAUCGACAUGGAGCGAUUUAAGUACCCAGAGAGGCCCAUCAUUUUCCUCUCAGCCUGUUAUAUGUUUGUUUCCAUUGGCUACAUUGUGAGACUGAUUGCGGGCCACGAAAAGGUUGCAUGCAGCCGGGAGUAUGAUGUGGAGCAUGUGCACUAUGAGACGACAGGGCCUGCACUUUGCACUGUUGUCUUUCUGCUGAUCUAUUUUUUCGGCAUGGCCAGCUCAAUCUGGUGGGUGAUUCUGUCCCUCACGUGGUUCCUUGCAGCGGGCAUGAAGUGGGGCAAUGAGGCCAUAGCCAGCUACUCACAGUACUUCCACCUGGCUGCCUGGCUCAUCCCAAGCAUGAAGUCCAUUGCUGUUUUGGCCCUGAGCUCUGUGGACGGGGACCCUGUGGCUGGGAUUUGCUACGUGGGGAACCAGAACCUGGACAACCUCCGGGGCUUCGUGCUGGCACCCCUGGUCAUCUACUUGUUCAUAGGCACCAUGUUCCUGUUGGCAGGUUUUGUGUCCCUGUUUAGGAUCCGAAGCGUUAUAAAACAAGGUGGCACUAAAACGGACAAACUGGAGAAGCUGAUGAUCCGAAUCGGAAUUUUCACAGUACUUUACACAGUGCCAGCCACCAUUAUUGUGGCAUGUUACUUUUAUGAACAGCACAACAGGCAAAGCUGGGAGACCAGCCACAACUGCUCGUGCCUGAUGGAGCAUGAGCUCCGGAGGCCUGACUAUGCUGUCUUUAUGCUUAAGUACUUUAUGUGCCUCUCUGUGGGCAUCACGUCCGGUGUUUGGAUUUGGUCAGGCAAGACUUUGGACUCUUGGCGGGCCCUGUGCACGCGCUGCUGCUGGGGCAGCAAAGGCACGAGCGGCUCCACUUACAGUGAUGUGAGCACGGGGCUCACAUGGCGCUCAGGCACAGCCAGCUCUGUGUCCUGCCCCAAACAGAUGCCCUUAUCCCAGGUCUGAAUAAAAAGACAAUGGACUGCUGACUGCCUGGAGGAGGUCAUGCAUUAGCCUUUCCCUUUAUUAACAUACAAAUGGACUGCUAAUGGUUUCUAUUAGGCCAGCAGCAAGAAAGGCUGGUAGAAACAAGGUACUUGUCAUUAUUAUUAUUAUUAUUAUUGUUGUUGGUAUUAUUAUUAUUUUCUUUCCAUUCUAUUGAUAUGGACAUGCCAUGCAAUCAGUGACGCCUAGAGAGAAUCGGGGCACCACACUGUCUUAAGUGAAGUUUGGACGUUCGCCCCCAUCCUUUAGCCAGCCUUUAAAGGAAAAGUUGUUGUUGCUUCACUUUUACACUUUUUACGUAGCGCAAGACAGCUUGAAAUGUCUAAACAAUCAAAAUAUCAAAGACUGUCUCGAAUAAGCCUUAAAAGUCUUAGUGCCCAAAUAUUUUACGGGUUGUUUUUUUUUGCUUUUCUGUAAAUUGUAUUUAUACAAUUGUUGUGUACAAACUUUGUAAAUUCUGUACAAAAAAGAUUUAUAAAAUUAUUGUAAAUUUGUAUAUAGUGUAGAUGUCACUUGAAGACAAAUAUGAAUUUUAUUUUGACAAUAAAACAUUUGGAGAAAUCUUAAAACUUUU